GUUGAGAUCAAAUCAUUGCUUGCAAGACUUGCUUAUUUGUUCUCUGUUUUCCCCGUCUCUCACACUCGUAUACAAUGGCUACCAUUUGCGGAGGAUGGACACACCCUGCCCGCCACGCAGACCCUGAAGUGCAAGCCUUGUGCACAUCUGUUCGUGACGAGGUCUCGAAGAAGGUGAACGGAGGAUUGCCGUUCGAGCAGUUCACGGCUGACGAGUUCGCCUCCCAAGUUGUUGAGGGUGCCAACUAUCGCAUCAAGGUGCAAACUAAUCUGGUCAGCAAAAUUCGCAUUGAAGUGUUUAAAAGCCUGGCAGGGAAAGUUACUCUGUCCUGGGUGAAGGGCGACGGUGAUUUGUACGAAGGACUUCCUCACUAACUCAAGAUAUCAACAUGGCAACAGUCGCUGCAAUCAGUCAUGCAAUUGUAUGAGCAGGUGGUCCUCAUAAUAACACCCUUUCGUCACAGAACCCUUGCAGGGCACCAAUUUACAUUUCGAAACCAGAUGUAGUUAUACAUGUGACCAAUUUUAUCUAUGAUUCGUUUCUCUUUCUGCCCUAGUUCAUUCAUUUUGCACCAAGAUGUGGUAUAGGUAAUCUCUUCCCUCCAAUCUUCCAAA